AUGGAUAUAAAGGCCAUGUCAUCCAGAUCGACACAGACUCACAGGUUGAGCUCACUUCCGGACUGUCCUCAGAUGGCCUCGGACCCAGCGUGGACACAGCAAAGGCACCAGGUGCAGGAGGAUGGGGAAGCUCCCCGAAGUCGAUUGUCCGAGAAACUUCUGGACUUUUUCCAGGUCCCAUCCGAAUGGAGGACAGGAAGUGAUGAAGAACUCCUUCUCAGGCUAAAGGCCCGAGAAAUAAUAGGAGAAAAGGUCAAGGGCAGAUGCUCAGAGAGCACAGAGGCUCAGGGGAAGCCACUGCUGCCAAGGCCGAACCCAAAACUUUUGCCAAAAAAAGCGAAGUCACCAACUUCGGAUGAGGUCACCGAAGUCUGUAGGAGUGCAAUGUGGCAGAAGAAGGAGCCUAGUAAGGAGAACCCACAAAUGAGCGGGCAACCAUCAACACCAGGCCCCAUCUUAGGCGAUAAAUGGCCCUCCUCGGUCACUUCACCCAGGCAAAGGAUAAGUGGAAGUAACCUUCCACAAAACCCCUCCAGUAAUGCUGGAGAGAACCAAACAAACCCUCAUGAAAACUUCACAAGGAAAACUUCCAGCAAAACAUUGCUGGAGGAUAAUGGGCACCUCGAAAGAUGGUACCACAAGGCCACACGGAUGGCCGAACUUCUAACUUUCACCCCACACAUAGACAGGGUGAAGUGGGACUGGUUAAAUAACGGUCCUACUCAACUCCCUGACAUGAAGUGGUCAGGCGAAAACGAUACAGAAAUUUUCUGGCAGUGGUACACCACACUGCUAGGAUUCCUCACAUCACGAGGAUAUAGAGGUGCACACUACGAUGAAAUCCAUCUGGAUUGUCUCAUUGGUGGAUUGGCAGAGCCUGCACUCUCACACGGACUAAAACUCCAUGAAGAAGCCCUCCUUAGAGAUAAAGGGGGGAAAUUUCUUGAAGUUCUCGAUACUCUAAUGAGGACAUAUAUCAAGGAGCCCGCCACAUUGAAGGUGACGGAAAAAUACUGCAAUGUAAAGUACAAUGCAGGAAAAGGACCCAGACAGUCCUACCCAGAACCAUUGCUUAAUGCUAGGUUUCUGGAAAACAUCCUCCCUGAAUGCAAGGAGGAAAUAAUCAAAAUGGGAUUCUCCUCUUUCGAGGAGAUGUUCAGAACAACAUCUCGCAUGGACGAGAUGAAAAACAGGCUGAGGAUAGCUCCAGCCUACAGGCCAGAAUGCUAUGCCAGACCUAAAACCACCGUGACCGCAAAUCGUGAAAAGCCCAACCAGGCGGGAAAGGAGAAACACACAGAGGCAAGAGCCAAUGUGCAAGACCCUAAACCCAAAUGGAAAGGCGAAUCCUCCCUGAAGCAGUCAGGGAACACUGACCAAAGGCUGGUACAAUUAGUAGGAGACAGAAACCCAAGGCACAGGAUCGCCAGGGAAGUCGACUACAAAACAGAAGGUGAAGUUGGAGAUGAGUCCAAUGAAGAAGAACCGGAGAAUAUCUCUGGUGAUUUCGAAGUGGAGGACACCUCCAAUGACUUUGAACCAGAGGACCCAAACAAGGGACCUCACUACUCGCCCAGAAGAAAGGGUGAGGACAUCAGCGUUGGGACCACAAUAAUGGCCCCAAGAUCCGACAUCAUUGAAAACAAUGACGAAAACAAUACACUAAAACUGGCGAUAAGCCAGACCAAAAAAAGAACUACCCGACUUCCGGACCUCCACCCUCUUCACCUCCGGAGUCAUAACCUACCGCUGCCGUUCCGAUACUCACCUUCGGUCCUGGCAACACACCCCCUCCUUACCUCUCCAACCCUACCUCCGUCCGCUCCGAUACUCAUCUCGGACCGAACACCGCCCCUCUCGCCACCCUCUUACUACUCCGCUCCCCCUUCACAACACCUCCACCCUCCUGUCAUCCUCCUAUGCUUCCCCCAUCCGCUCCGAUACUCACCUUCAGACCUGACUACUCUCCUUUCCGCCACUCCUUCUCCCUUACCUUUCCCCUCUCUCCUCCCUCUGUUACUCCUCCGCCACCCUUCCGCCAAGUUACGACCUUCCACCGCUGUUCCGUACUUCGCACUCGGACACCGCUCGUACCUUGCUCCAAGCCUCCAUCAUAGUCCCUACCUCGGACUUUGA